AUGGAGUACAAUUUAAUGGGGUCCGAGUCAGAUACGCUUUUUUUGAAACCGGAACGCGAGAGCGAGGAGACUCGCUUCAUGUUCGGUGUUCGCCGCCCUGGUAUAGACAGCUCCUGGACACGGUACCUGCCGGUGAGCCUGCGACUCGACGACCAAGAUGGCUUGUACUCGGUCCCCCACAAAGUCAUGCUCCCCAACGGUACUCCAGCAUUCUUCAAGCUUAUCAGGGCUGGGGACGGGGUCUCCCUAGAGGGGCAGCUCGCAACAUACAGCAAGAUCCGCGACGUGCAGCUGCGAGAAUGGGUCCGAGUGCCCCGUCUUCUUGGAAUUGUUGUCCGGGGCGACGACCCGGACGUGGUGCUUGGUCUGCUACUGACCUUUGUUCCGUGUGGAGCAGCUUCUCUAAGACUUGCAGUGAACAACGGCGCGCCGCAGCGCUCGAGACGAAGAUGGGUUGCACAGGCCAGGCUCAUCAUAAAUGCCCUGCACGAGAACGAAGUGGUCUGGGGCGGAACUGGACCUGAUCAUGUCAUUAUUGACAAAGACCAGAACGCGUGGCUAAUUGGCUUCGAGGUUGGACAGCCGAGCGGCUUGGUGCCGAGCUCGCAGGUAGGCACCAUGGACGGUGAUCUCAAGGUCCUGGAAAGAUUGAUUGAAUUCGCCGGAGGGAUCAUUCCGUAUUACUACUGA